AUGGCCGGCCCCGACUCCACAAACCCGGUCUUUCCUGCCGGUACUGUCGCUAAAGUGUCAACCGAUAUCCUCAAUGAAACCUUCCACAACAUAAUCCAUGAUCUGGUCGCCAAGGUCCACCGCGAAGAGAAAAUCGCGCGGAUGCGCUCUGCCGUUGUCCUUGCGCGACAAAAGGCCGAGGAGGGAGCUCUUGUCCCGGAUGAAUCGCCAAGCAAAUCGGUAGCCGAUGGAAAGGCCAAGGAAGUCAUUAUCGAUGCGAACAAGCUUGCCAACACCCAUCUGGAGACGGACGCGGCCAUCUUCGAUCGCGGGAAAGUACACUUGAAGGGCAACCCUAUGCACACCGUCAAAGAAAUCGUCUGCCCAGACUGCCGACUGCCGCGACUUUCUUACCCGCCAGUCGGGGCUGGAUACCGACCACCACCAGACUCCAACCGCGAAUACUGUCAAAAUGGCCCGCUUAUUACGAUUCCCGGCCAUGAUGUGCAUGGCAAGAUGUUCGCGGUGAUGCCGAACCCGAAGAAGCGAAAGAACGAGAAAGACAGCACGAUUCCCGAGAUUCCCACCAGCAAAUGCCCCCUUUGCCCGCGUUACUUUGUCAUGAACCGUGUUGCUCAGCAUCUGGAACGCUUGGCGCCAGCAGUCCCACAUCCUCAGCACCGAAGCGUUCGCAUACAGAUGAUGAUGAGGGGAGCCCCAGUCCCACAAAAAAAGAAGAAGCUCAACUCCUCUAAGAAGGGAUCGGUCAACAAGCCCGGUCCUAGUAAACUGAAGAACUCUUUUACUGUGGAAGAUAAUGACGACGAUAUCAAGAGCGACAAUGCGGAUGCAUAA